GCAGCCAGCGCUGUUUCGCAGCGCCCCUCGGGGCCCGGACUGGAGGAUCGGGGAAGCUUUUCGUGGUGGGAGAAGAAGAAAUGCAGGGUCGGUGCCACCGCUUGGAUGAGCAGCUGGGGACCUGCAGCCCAUGGCGGGUUUUCACUCCCCACCAAAAGCCCCCGGGCUGGGGCUGCUGCGGGGGAAGAAGCGGGGCUGGUGUGUCCGAGGGCUCCUACAUCUCUUUCUCCUCCCUCUCGCGUGUGUGCGCGCUCCUACACCUUCUGAUCCUCUCUCUGUCCCCUCCCGCAUGUGUGUGGCACCUACACCUCCUCCUCUUCCCCCUUCGUGUGCGUGUGUGUCUGUGCUCCUACACCUCCUUCUCCAUCCCUCUCUCUCUCCCUCUCCCUUUCCCGUGUGUGUGUGUCGGUCCUACACCGUCUCCUCUCCCCCCUUCGUGUGUGUGUGUGUCUGUGUGCUCCCACACCUCCUCCCUCUCCCUCUCCCCUCCCGUGCCUCUGUGUGUGUGGCUCCUACACCUUCUCCUCCUCUCUGUGUCUCCUCCCGUGUGUGUGUAUUAAGAGGCUCCUACACCUUCUCCUCUACCCCCUUCGUGUGUAUCGGUGUGUGCUCCUACACCUCCUUCCUCCUUCUCCAUCGCUCCCCCUCCCCUCCCGUGUGUGCGGAGGGCUCCUACACCUCCUCCUCCUUUCUCUGCCCCCUCCCGCGCGCGUGUGUCUGUGUGUGCUCCCACACCCUCUUCUCCUCCUUUUCCCUCUCCCUCCUUCUCCCUGUCCCCUGCCGUGUGUCUGUGCGCUCCUACACCUUCUUCUCCCCUCUCUUUCGCUCAUCCCUUCCCGUGUGUGUGCGUGUGUGCGCGCUCCUACACGUCCUUCUCCUCCUCUCUCUCCCCGUGUGCGUGUGCGCUCCCACACCUCCUCUCUCUCUGUCUCCCCCACCCCUCUCCCCUCCCGUGUCUCCGUGUGUGCGCGGCUCGGAGGGCAAAGCCGGGCGCGCCGCGCAGCAUCGCGGAGCGCCGGCAGCGGAGCCGGGAGCGGAGCCGGGGCGCAACAGGCGGUGGGAUGCCGGCGGGCAGCGCUGCCGCCCGCUGAAGGCUCGGGCGGUCGCGAUGCGGGCGGAGGAGCCGCUGGCGCUGGCGGCGCCGCGGGCGGCGGGCGGCGAGGCGGAGGCGCCGGGCGAGGAGCGGAGCGGCGGCAGCUGCUGCAGCAGCGAGCGGUUGGUCAUCAACAUCUCCGGGCUGCGGUUCGAGACGCAGCUGAGGACCCUCUCCAUCUUCCCGGACACGCUGCUGGGCGACCCCAGCCGACGGGUGCGCUACUUCGACCCCCUCCGCAACGAGUACUUCUUCGACCGCAACCGACCCAGCUUCGACGCCAUCCUCUACUAUUACCAGUCCGGGGGGCGGCUGCGCCGGCCGGUCCAUGUGCCCCUGGACAUUUUCCUGGAGGAGAUCCGCUUCUACCAGCUGGGCCAGGAGGCCAUCGAAACCUUCCGGGAGGACGAGGGCUUCAUUCAAGAGGAGGAGAAGCCCCUGCCCCAGCAUCACUUCCAGCGCCAGGUUUGGCUGCUCUUUGAGUAUCCUGAGAGCUCUGGGCCGGCCAGGGCCAUUGCCAUCGUCUCCGUGCUGGUCAUCCUCAUCUCCAUCGUCAUCUUCUGCCUGGAGACCCUGCCCGAGUUUCGCCAGGAGCCCAAGGGCACCCAGACUGGCUUUGGGGAGUCAUCGCUGCCAGGGGACGAGGCACUGCUGCUGCCGCCACCGCCACCACCAAGCGGGACUCCGACCCCCCUGCACCCUGCCGCUGGCACCGGCCCCUUCUUCACCGAUCCCUUCUUCCUCAUAGAGACCCUGUGCAUCAUCUGGUUUUCCUUUGAGCUUCUUGUCCGCUUCUUUGCCUGCCCCAGCAAGCCUGAGUUCUCCCGCAACAUCAUGAAUAUCAUUGACAUCGUGGCCAUCAUCCCCUACUUCAUCACCCUGGGCACUGAGCUGGCCCAGCAGCAGCAACAGAAACAACAGCCUGGCAGCAGCAGCAACAAUGGGGGCCAGCAGCAAGCCAUGUCCCUGGCCAUCCUCAGAGUCAUCCGCCUGGUCAGAGUCUUCAGGAUCUUCAAGCUCUCCAGGCACUCCAAGGGACUGCAGAUCUUGGGGAAGACUCUCCAAGCCAGCAUGAGGGAGCUGGGCCUCCUCAUCUUCUUCCUUUUCAUCGGGGUGAUCCUCUUCUCCAGUGCUGUCUACUUUGCAGAGACCGAUGACCCCGACUCCCUGUUCACCAGCAUCCCUGAUGCUUUUUGGUGGGCAGUGGUGUCUAUGACCACUGUGGGCUAUGGGGACAUGUACCCCAUGACAAUUGGUGGCAAGAUUGUGGGCUCCUUGUGUGCCAUCGCGGGUGUGCUCACCAUUGCCCUUCCUGUCCCUGUCAUCGUGUCCAACUUCAACUACUUUUACCACCGAGAGACUGAUCAUGAAGAGCAGUGCCAGUACACCCAUGUCACCUGUGGCCAGCAGCAGUCGCCCUUCUCUGAGCCCAAGAAGGGGGACAGUAAUCAGUCUCUCAGCAAAUCUGAAUUCCUGGAAGCUGAAGACCUGGAGUCCAUGAAGUAUGCCAACUUCAUUCCUCCCAACAACCAGGGUUACAAAGAGAAGAAAAUGCUGACAGAGGUGUGAUCAGUUUUGUUGUUCUGAGUCCAGACAUGAAGCUGCAAGCUGCUACACAGCCGUCUUCCUACUAGCAGCUGGAUCUAUUCAGCAUUUACAUGCCAGACUGUGAAUUAUGAUACCGUAAACAGAAUGAUUGUGAUAAUGGGCUUUUCUGUCCUGAUUUGCUGUUUCUUGUUACUGUGUGUAGCCAGAAAUGUUCUUGCUUUAUUCUGUGGAGUGCUAGCUGUCAUCCCCCACUCCUUCAUGUAUUUCUUGCUCUGUUUUUGAAGACUGCUUUAAUCCAGUAUUUGCUCUGAAACCUGGCCUUUCUAUUCCACUAGCAGAGAAGCCCUUGCCACUAUUUCAGCUGGAGGAUCCAUCAGCGAGUAAACAGUUAAAGGGGCGACAAACAUCUGGCUUGAGCUGUGUCCUUAGUUCCUGUGCCAGCGCAGUGCCCUUGGCUGUGGGAUCAGUCACGCCUGCCAUGCCAUUGCCUUUGAAUAAUGGAAACGCUGUAGCCAGCAUCACAGUGAGUUCUGCAGCUGUAGGGGAAAGUCAGCAAGCAGAUGCCUUCCUUCUUCGCAGCCCUUGGCAUUCUAAAGGUCCUCUUGCUUUGUGUUUCAAAAAAGGUCCAUAGUUCUGAAAGCUCUUCACUACUUGUGACCAUAUACCAUUUAUCAAAAACUGGCUUAAAGAAAUCAACAGACUCGGUGCAAGAUUCUCUGUGUUUUGAGCUUAUUUAUGCCAGUGCCCUGAUGUUAAUUGGGUUUUACAGUACCAACUUAAUCUUCAUAGUGGUAAGUGCCUUCUGACGCAAGGCACAUUUCAGUAAAUUCUUUUGUUAUCUCCGCAGUUUAUCUCCACACAACAGCACUUAAUGAGAUGUACAUUAUGCUUCAGAUAUCUGGUUCUGUAUUCAGGCGUGUGAAAGCAAAUGACUCCACUGUGUUUGCAUUGAGUUGUUUGUGUAGCUAAAGGAAGUUUGCAUGUUGGUAUUUUGUUGACAUUGCUGAAAAACCCUGACCACAGACAGUGGCACCUGUGCUGCCUGAAGAUUGCACUGAUUUAGCAGGUCACAGGCAGAAAUUGCCCCAGGGUAAAUGUGUCAACAUUUGAGAUUUAGACUGGCAUGGAUACAAACCUUCCUGAGCCAUCUGCACAAAUCCAACAGCAUACACAGACAUUUCAUAUGAGGGGAGAAACAGCUAGCCUUAAUGAGAUGCUUUUAUCAUAUUGCUGAUCUAGCCGGUUCUUGGUAUUUGAUGGAUAGGAGGCAUAGCAAUGUCUUUUGCCUGCACUAGGUUUUAUGAGAGCAACUUAUGGUAGCAAUGCAAAAUGCAUAGCUUGGCCUGUAGUGCUGUGUUUUCCAAGGUACCAUAGAUUUGCAUCUCAAGAUGCACAUUUUGCUUCCCAGGUAUUUUCUUUUUUUUUUUUUUUUUUCAAUCAGCUCUGCCUUACAACCUUUAAAAUGUUUCAUAUGCUGCCAGCAGGUGAGAAAGGCAAAUGGAUGCUCUCAGAUUCUAUUGGCAAAUUUUCCUGCAAGGAAAAGUCUUCCUUGUUUUAAAUCCAAGUGUAUAUUCUGCAUUCACAUGUGCACAUGUGUAUAAAAGCAAAGGCAGCCAUUAAUGCCUUGCAUCAUAGUGUAUGAUAUACAUAUUAGAAUGUACUACAUAUUGCAUGUGACACAUGUAAUACAUAAAGCAGACGUAAUAUCAAGAUGCAAAAUAUAUAGAAUACAUUUCUGCAUACGUUUACAUUAUGCUUUUCAACCAUAAGGCUAGGAGUGCUAAAGACAUGUACUUUAAUAUAGUCAGAACUGACUGUAGAACUGGUUGUGAGAUGGAAUCUGUUUGCAUCUUCAUUACUCUGCUUGUUUUGUCAUCUUCAGAUCUGGCUCCAUGCCUAGAGUGCUUUUAUUGUGGCCUCUCCUCAUCUGGGCCCUGAUCAUAUGGUAGAAGUUGUUUGUGUAAAUCCUAACUGCUCUGCAUUUCUCCAGAGUCCUGUCAUCUUCUGAAAGGUUUUUAAUGUAGAGGGAUCUCCCUUGGGGUCAGCACACAACUGUUAUACUAAACCAUCUUUUUUCUCUUUCACUAAAAUCAGUAGCAGAAUACUACUUGUCUUGGUUACUACAGGUCAGUCUGGGAGACAAAAGUGUGGUGUGAUGAGGGCUCCAUACCUUAAGAGGAUUUUGCCUGAAUAUAUAGGUGCCUGAUUUCUCUUUGGUUCAUCAGAACUGAGGCAAAGGUCUCUGAAAAUAUGGUCAUUGGAAGCCAUUCUGCGUCUCUUGAAGCAUGUAACCAGCUGGUGGGUAAGUAAUUCUGUUGAAUAAGGGGAACUGAGGAAGGAUCAGCAUGGUGGCAUCUCUGUUGACUUUGUGUAAAAAGUUGUCUUGGUCAUUGAGAUAAUUCAGUAAAAAGCUGUUCUUGUGGUUAGUUGUUUUUCAGGGUCACUGUAAUGAAAUCUUUUCUGUGAGUGCGAGAGAGUGGCUCUUCUUCAAAUUUUGUUUUGCUCUAGCAGGUGGUCUAGAAACUAGCAAAAGAACCUGCUAUUUAAGAGGAUGUUUCGAGGCUGCUGCUAUCUCCCAGCAGAAUGUCCAUGUUUGGGGUUAUUUUAUGCCUGAGUGUAUCAGCUGAUAAAAGUUUCCUCAAAGUAAGAUAUAAAAAACUCAGGUUGAAUGCAAGUUCGAGAGGAGGCAUGAGACACACUGAGCCAGAAAAUUCCCACGUUCAUUUCUUUCUUGGGCCUGACCCCAUUGCGCCUGCCAGGCGGGAGCCUUCCGUGCUCAGAACAGGUUGUUCUCCCAAGCAGCAUAAUAGACGGCUGGGUAAGGAGAGUCCAACAAAAAGACAUGUGAGACGAGUUACUGGUAGCAUAAUCCCAAUGUGUCUUAGAGAUGCUCUUGUAAAGCAAUUUCCUACUCUCAGGUAAAAUUCAGCAGUGAGUUUCUAGCUGGCGUGUUGCCUUCAUGGAGGCCUGUGUGUGCAUGCAGGUGUACACACAAAGCGCUGGUGUUAAAGAACUUGGUUGCGAACAGCUAGCUUUUGUGGUUUUGCAAUCCAUGUUUUUCAGUUCUGAAGAGAAAGCACAAAUGAAAAUGUAUAAAACAGGAGUAGUGUUUAGUCCGUGGGUUUUCUGUGUUAGAGCUAAGAGAAAUACAAAAAGCUGACAGAAGCUCGGAAACAGUGGACUUUGAUGUGGGCAUGUGAAUCCUUUGCUAUGCAUCUCGUGAAAAGCAAGGCAGUGAAGUCCCAGCAUCAUCAAUAGUACUAUAUAUUACAGAACUUCUGCAAUUUGACAUUAUUAUUAAGGAACCUUUCAAGUGACUGAAGUGACAUAGUGGCACCUGGACCACUGACUUCACAGAAGACUUGUGUCACCAAAUCACAGAGAUGCUUUCAAAAAUCUUACCUCAAGUUCUAAGCCCUUAGGACACCGUGCUGAAUGUUUGAAAUAUAAAUCUGUUUGUUCGUCUAGCUGUUUCCUUCUGAAGGCAGAGCACAUCCUCGUGAAGCAAAGUAGACACCUCCAGGGACUUGUUUCCAUAACAACCUCCCAGACUGUUUCUCUCUACCCUGUGACUUUGGCUACAAGCAAAAGCACUCGUUGAAUGUUUUCUGUUCUCGGCUGUUAUUACCUUGUCUUUACACUGUUUUCUUUGCUUACUAAAGAUGAACCCAUCACCUUAUAUCAUCUACAGCUGUUAUGUUCAACUCCAGACAGGCAUUUACCAGUAUUUGAAAGCAGAGACUGCAAACUAGGGAAGGAAUUUUAUUUAUAUGUCCUUGCACACAGAGAGGUGGGGAGCAUGUGAAGGACAAUCUGAGCACUCACAGUCAAGGGCGUGAGGGGCAACUGGCCUGUGAAUCCAUCAUCUGAGUGCACAGUGACAAGGAACAAGAGAUGCACUAUCACAUUAAAAAAACAAUCUCACUAGGAAAUAGUUUUGCUGUGGAAGAGGUUAUUGCUCCUUCCUGAACCCUUGGCUGUUCUGUGACAAGCAGUUCCGCAAAUGAUUUUCCCAGAGGACAUUUUGCACCAAGUCAGGACUGGAUAGAAGUCAUCUUGUUGGAGGUGAGGAAGGGAGGAGAGGAAGAAUUUUAAGGAGAAUAUUUUUAUUUUAUCCACAACUUAUCAACCAUGUAAAAGACUAAGCACAAAAAGCAUAAGACCUGCUUUGUGAUAUUUCGAAGUCUACAUUACUGGUGGAUUCCUGCACUUACCUCCAAAAUAAAAUUGCUAUUGUGAUCCUGUUUGGAAAAUGUUGCAAUUUAGGAUUUUUGAGCUAUUUUCUGGUUUGGCCCUGUUCCUUUUGAUCCAGCUUUCAUGGAUAAAAUCUCACUGCUACAGCAGCUGUGGGGGUGAAGGUACUGGACUUGAUGUUCCCUCCUAGACCCUCUCUUUCAAUAUGCAGAGAUCCCUAUGGAGAUGAACGAUGCGUGUAAAGGAAAUCCAGGGCAACAAGAGGCAGGGUAAGGCUGAAGUGUCUUCUGUACUGUGAUGGAAAGAACAGCAUCAUCCCUAAAAGCAAAGGAAAAAAACAGCUCCAGUGUCUGCUGCUAUAGCAGAAGCAGGUCCUGCUUACAUCAGGGAAAGAUCUGCGGAUCACAUCAGGAGUUAACCACAGCUUUCCCAAAAGAUCUCAUCUGAUUUGAUUCCAACUUGAUGGCAUCCAUUUUCAGGAAGCAGAUGCUGCCCUCUUUUACAUUGGUGCAAUUCUGGAAUAACUCCACUGACGUCAGUGAAGUGACUCCAAAUUUAUCCCCGGUGAAAGCAGAAUUGGACCACAGUCUUUUUGUUUGCUUAUCUGUACAGUACUCUCAGGAAGGUGCACCAUUACCAUACUAUAAGGGGAAGAACCUUGUUCCAAAUUGCCACUCAGAACCUUAAUUGCUGCUCCAUCUCCCAGAGAAGGGAGGUACACGUGAUUGUGUUCAGUCUCUCUUUUCCCAUCCAUCCCAGGAUAGUAUUUGGGCACUUCUCAGAGAAAGGAAGACUACAGAUUCUCCUGCUGGGGAAAAUGAACUCACAAGGAGUACUGACUGCCGGUUUGCUUCUCUCUACUGUUCUCUACGCCAUGAUUAUUGUUUGAAUGCUUUUAAAUUCCUCAAAUGAGUCUUGAGGAUGGCCACAAUUGCUUGUGCAUUUAAUGGUGGGUAAGAAAACAAUUAAUGAAAGUGCAAUGAACCUACAGAAGACCAAUGCAGAAAUGGAAAGAUUGCCUUUGUUAAUUUUUUUUCCUUUUGCUAUGGAUUUACUCUCCCAGAAGAUGCUACAGAACCCAGACAGAUGCCAGACAGUCAAAAUUAAUAGUGAAUAUGUUAGUAAGCAUGGUUCUUCACUACUCUGGAACAGAAGUAUUGAAUGAAUGCUGCCCCAUUUCUCCAUUGAAUUUCAUAAUGAAGGGAUAUUUGCACAGUAAAGAUGUUCUUCAACAUCAUCAAGAUGGACAUAAAGUAAAGCUACAAAAAAUGUGUUCUGAAGAAAGAAGAAUAUUUUUGCUUCUACUUAUUUUUGGGUAAUUGUUGCCUAUCUCAGAGCAUUUUACAGAUUGAAAAGUAUUAACAACAUUUUUUCCAACACACAACUUUUGCAAAAAAAACUAAAUAAGUUCCUGGGGAAAAAAUGAAAAAAAGAUUUAGAAAGAUUUUGUCUGAGAACCAGAUUUAGAUUUGAGGCCUUGGUUUAGUGAAAUGCUUAUUAUGCAAAUUUUUAACCUUAUCCAUUGGAGCAUAUAUUACAUAGACUAUUUGAACUGUUCUGUUACUUAAAAUCAGGUAUGUUCUAAAGUAUCUUGGUUAACAGAAUCUUGAGUCAGUCACUAUUAAACAUGUCUGCUGUCUGAUUAGCUAAAUCUAUCCAAUUUCAGAACAGAUUUUGCAUAACAAUUUGUUAAUGCUAUCACGUACAAUACAGAGCUUUCAUGCUAGAGGAUAACAUAUUAAUCAUUGUUUAAUCCCCUCACUUCUUGAUUAAAUUAUAAGUAGAGUCUUUGGAAUUCUAUGUGAAACAUAGGAAAGUAUAGCAAAAGAGAGGAUGAAAAAUUGACCUGACAAAUCAAAAUUUAAAGGGAGAAAGGGGAAGAAAGAGAACUAUUUUUCAUAUUUCCAUUACCUCUUUGUUUCAAGACAAUGAGUAAAUAAAUAAAUAGACAAUUUCAGGCAAACCUGAGUAGCAAUUCAAUCUUUUUUUUGACAACUAAAUUAAACAGCCCCUCAACUUGCAAAGCUUAGUUGUGUGCCUGAACCAUGUGAGACCUGAUAUUCAUGCUGAGGCUAAAUCCAUUCAUCAAGACUUGCAGUGUUGAACUUUCUUGGGCCAAGGAAAGGCAGCAGACAUAUAGAUAGAGUGUAAUGAUACAGGAUCCAAGAAUGAUGAGAAAAGAGCUGAAAAAUCACAUGCUAAGAAGAACUUGUGAGUUGGUGGGUGGUUGAGCUCAGCCUCCAAGCGAUCAUGACUUCAAAGGAGGCUAAUUACUUUCAUUUGUCUGGCAUGGUGCCUGUGUAAAGGGUGCAAAUAAAAGUUUUGAGUUGCCCAAUCUCUAUGAAAAACAGACAUUCCUAAGAUUCAGAGGACUGAUCCAGAGACUGAAAAGAUAGCUGUAGGUUUCAGGAAAGUCAUAUUUUGUUUAAAAAUUGUAUUCAGCAAAUCUUUUGUGUUCUUCCAAUUAAUUUUCAGACAACAUUUUUUUUUUUAACUUCGAAAGUUAUUUUAAAAUAGCUGCAGGAUCCUAGAAUUGGUACUUCUUUUUAUGUGAUCGCAUGUGCAAGAAAAUUAAGAUCUAUUUCCACUUCUGCCACAGAUGUUGUGUGCUGAUAGAUAAGUCAGACACAGGCGGAUGCAUCUAACAUACAGAUGUGUAUUAUAUGUUAUGCAUAUCUGAUACAUGUCUCAUUUUCCCAUAAAACCUCCUUUCUAUCUGUUUGGAUUGUAGACUGUUUAGGCACGGACUAUUAGAUCAUUUAGACUGUCUGGAUGGUACCACAAAACAAUAUAUUACAAACAUGCUAUCUUAUAGUAAUAUAAGAAAUGAACAGAUAAGUGAUCUGUGUCCUUAACUUUAUGGAAAUGUGCAAAUAUUCUAGGCUGUAAAACUCAAAACUACAUGAGAUGAGAUGUAGGUACAAAUCUCAUGGCUUUGUGAGAGAAAAAACAAUUAAUUAUUUCAAAAAGAACUCUAAGGAAAAAUUAUCUUCAAAAACUAAAAAUGUGCUCCUAAAGAGAGGAAUAAGAGAAAAACAGUAACAAACCUAUCAAAUAAUGAUUACAUCAUCACAUAUCCCAUGGGGACUUCUUAGACUCCUUGAAGGAGUUUCUGAUGAAAAAUUCCUGCUGAGAUCUGAAUCCUAUGGCAGGAUUGUCAUUGCGAUCCCCCCCCCACAUACACUUAAAUGGAAAUACCAAUUUUUGCAGGCUGUAAAUUUAAAUGUGAUUACUUUGAGUCUAAACGUCCUAUGGGUACCCCCUAAAAAAUAGUAUUCGUCAGCUCUGCAAAGUGAAAAGUCUUCUGGACAAAAUAAAUGACACUGUUCUUUGCAUUUCCUGAUGUGCUGCUUAAUCCACUGUUUAACCUGCUGCCUUGUCUCCAACAUCUUCACUCCGCUGGUCAGAAUCAGUAUUUUCGUAGGCAGAUUGCUGAUACCUUCAGAUCACUUUGUACUUACUCAUAGAAGAGAUGAUGGAGUACUACAUUCAUUUACUUGCUUGUUUAAAAAACUUCUAAGAUAAAAAAAAUCACCAGGAAUAAUAAUUAUUUUAAAAUGAAAAAAAAAUGCUCUAAUCUAACCCAAAAUGUUCAUUACAGAAGCAACAAAUAGCAGCAUUUCUAUCAGUCACUCAGAUUGAAAAGGUUCACAUGAUUCAACAAAUGAAAAUUUUGAACUCAGGUUUGGUUAAUACAAGAAAAAAAUACUCCAUCUGCUAUAUCCUAGAGGGAAUUAGAAAAUUCAAAUAAAAAAUUUAAUUUUCAUGGGAAAGUGCUUAGAUUUCUGCCUAGAAGGAUAAUAUAAAAGCAAAUUUCUUCAAGGUACUUAUAUUCCCAGACCUAAAUAUACGGUCUGAUAAUAAACUGGAAUUUUUACCCUGGAAUUCAAGCUGAUAAAUAAAAUCUCUGCUUGCCUAGACCUGAGACAUUUCAAGAUCUGCUGGACAUCAGAGCUGCAGUCUUUAGGUUGUUGGAAGCCCUGCUUGGCUGGAAUACAAGUAAUUCUUUAUUCAACCAAAGAAAGUUGCUUU